AUGACGGAGGAGAGCAAGGGGGAAGGCAGGGGAGAGAGCGGCAAGGACCUGGAGAAGCAGCUUCGCCUGCGGGUCUGCGUCCUCAACGAGCUGCUCAAGACCGAGCGGGACUACGUGGGCACCCUGGAGUUCCUAGUGUCGGCUUUCCUUCACCGCAUGAUCCAGUGUGCUGCAGCCAAGGUGGACAAAAAUGUCACAGAAGAGACAGUUAAGAUGUUGUUUUCAAACAUUGAAGACAUUCUUGCAGUGCACAGAAACUUCCUGUCGCUGGUGGAGGAGUGCUUGCAGCCAGAGCCCAGCGCCCAGCACGAAGUUGGGACCUGCUUUCUGCACUAUAAGGAGAAAUUCCGCAUCUAUGAUGAGUACUGCAGCAACCAUGAGAAGGCACAGAAAGUUCUGCUUGACCUGAACAAGAUCAGGACGGUCCGGGCCUUCCUCCUGAACUGCAUGCUGCUGGGGGGCCGCAAGAACACGGACGUGCCCUUGGAGGGGUACCUGGUGACACCCAUACAGAGGAUAUGCAAAUACCCCCUGCUGCUGAAGGAGCUGCUGAAGCGGACCCCGCGGAAGCACAGUGACUAUGCAGCACUGAUGGAAGCCCUGCAGGCCAUGAAAGCUGUCUGCUCCAACAUCAACGAGGCCAAGAGGCAGAUGGAAAAGCUGGAGUUCCUGGAAGAGUGGCAGUCCCACGUGGAGGGCUGGGAGGGCUCCAACAUCACAGACACGUGCACAGAAAUGCUGAGGAGUGGGCUGCUGCUGAAGAUCUCAGCAGGGAACAUCCAGGAGAGGAUAUUUUUUCUCUUUGAUAACCUUUUGGUCUACUGCAAGAAAAAGCACAGGAGGCUGAAGAACAGCAAAGCCUCUACUGAUGGGCACCGGUACCUCUUCAGGGGCAGGAUAAACACAGAGGUGAUGGAGGUGGAGAACGUGGACGAUGGCACGGCUGACUACCACAGCAGUGGCCACACGGUUGUUAAUGGCUGGAAGAUCCACAACACAGCCAAGAACAAGUGGUUUGUCUGCAUGGCAAAAACCCCAGAGGAGAAGCAGGAGUGGCUGGAAGCCAUCCUGAAAGAGCGAGAGAGGAGAAAAGGCUUAAAACUGGGCAUGGAGCAGGACACGUGGGUGAUGAUCUCUGAGCAAGGAGAAAGGCUGUACAAAAUGAUGUGCAAACAAGGGAACCUCAUCAAGGACAGGAAGAGGAAAUUAACCACUUUCCCCAAAUGCUUUCUUGGAAGUGAAUUUGUGUCCUGGUUGCUGGAAAUCGGAGAGAUCCACAAGUCUGAAGAAGGAGUUCAUCUUGGCCAGGCUUUGCUGGAGAAUGGCAUCAUCCAUCAUGUUACAGAUAAGCACCAGUUCAAGCCUGAGCAGAUGCUGUACAGGUUCCGAUACGACGACGGCACCUACUACCCCCGCAGCGAGAUGCAGGACGUCAUCUCCAAGGGGGUGCGGCUGUACUGCCGCCUUCACAGCCUCUUUACCCCAGUCAUCAGGGAUAAGGAUUACCACCUGAGAACCUACAAGUCGGUGGUCAUGGCUAACAAACUCAUUGACUGGCUGAUUGCCCAGGGGGAUUGCCGGACGAGGGAGGAAGCAAUGAUAUUUGGGGUGGCUCUCUGUGAUAAUGGCUUCAUGCACCAUGUGCUGGAGAAAAGUGAAUUUAAGGAUGAGCCUCUGCUGUUCCGCUUCUAUGCGGAUGAGGAGAUGGAAGGGUCCAACAUGAAGCACAGGCUGAUGAAACAUGAUCUGAAGGUGGUGGAGAAUGUCAUAGCCAAGUCCUUACUGAUUAAGUCUAAUGAAGGCACCUAUGGGUUUGGUUUGGAAGAUAAAAAUAAAGUGCCAAUUAUUAAAGUGGUGGAGAAAGGAUCCAGUGCUGAGAUGGCAGGCUUGGAGGCUGGGAAGAAGAUCUUUGCCAUCAACGGUGACCUGGUGUUCCUGCGUCCCUUCGGGGAGGUGGAUUGCUUCCUGAGAGCCCUGCUGAGCAGCAGGCAGCCGCUGCGCGUCCUCGUCAGCACCAAGCCGCGAGAGACAGUGAAGAUUCCCGACUCUGCAGAUGGGCUCGGAUUCCAGAUCCGGGGCUUUGGCCCAUCCGUUGUUCAUGCUGUUGGGAGAGGAACAGUGGCAGCUGCAGCGGGUCUCCACCCUGGGCAGUGCAUAAUCAAAGUGAAUGGCAUCAACGUCAGCAAAGAGACCCAUGCCAGCGUCAUCGCCCACGUCACAGCCUGCAGGAAGUACCGGCGGCCCAUGCAGCAAGACUCAAUCCAGUGGGUUUACAACAGCAUUGAGAGUGCACAGGAAGAUCUUCAGAAAACCUCCAACAAGCCCUCUGGAGAUGAUGGAGGAGAUACCUUUGACUGCAAAGUGGAAGAGGUAAUUGACAAGUUUAACACCAUGGCAAUAAUUGAUGGGAAGAAGGACCACGUGAGCCUGACUGUGGACAACGUGCACCUGGAGUAUGGGGUGGUCUAUGAGUAUGACAGCACAGCUGGCAUCAAGUGCCACGUGCUGGAGAAGAUGAUUGAACCAAAGGGGUUCUUCAGCUUGACUGCAAAGAUUCUGGAAGCCCUGGCAAAAAGUGAUGAAUGUUUUGUGCAGAGCUGCAGCAGCCUGAAUUCCCUGAGUGAAGUGAUCCCCACUGAGCUGCAGAGCAAGUUCAGUGUCAUCAGCAGGGAGAAGAUUGAGCACAUCCACCGCAGGAUCUCCAGCUACAAAAAGUUUUCAAGAGUGUUAAAAAACAGAGCUUGGCCCACCUUCAAACAAGCCAAGUCGAAGAUUUCCCCCCUUCACAGCAGCGAUUUCUGUCCCACCAACUGCCACAUCAACGUGAUGGAGGUGUCCUACCCUAAGACCUCCACUUCCCUGGGGAGUGCCUUUGGUGUGCAGUUAGACAGCAGAAAGCAUUCUUCCCAUGAGAAGGAAAGUAAAAACUCAGAUCAAGGUAAACUGAAUCCCAUGAUUUACGUCCAGCACACCAUCACUACCAUGGCUGCUCCUUCAGGCCAGUCUCUAGGGCAGCAAGAAGGCCAUGGGCUGAGGUACCUCCUGAAAGAAGAAGAUUUGGAAACACAAGAUGUGUACCAGAAGCUGCUGUUCAAACUGCAGGCUGCACUGAAGGAGGUGGAAUCGUGUGUCUGUCAGAUAGAUGAUCUCCUCUCUUCCAUAACAUACUCCCCAAAGUCAGAUCGGAAAACGCCCGAGCCUGUGGUGCCAGCGGACAGCGACGAGAGGGGGGAGAAGAAUGGGAAGAAAGUCUGUUUCAGCGUGACAGGGGAUGAGCAGGAGGAUUCUGGCCAUGACACCAUCAGCAACAGGGACUCUUACAGUGACUGCAACAGCAACAGGAACUCCAUUGCCUCCUUCACCAGUGUGUGCAGCAGCCAGUGCAGCUCCUACUUCCACAGUGAUGAGAUGGAUUCAGGUGAUGAGCUCCCCCUCAGCGUUCGGAUCUCCCACGACAAGCAGGACAAGCUCCACAGCUGCCUGGAGCACCUCUUUGGUCAGGUGGAUUCCAUUGUCAAUCUCUUCAAAGGACCAGCUGUGAUGAGGGCUUUUGAGCAGACCAAGUAUUUCACACCAGGUCGAGGCCUCCAAGAGUUCCAGCAGGAAGUGGAACCGAAGCUGAACUGUCCGAAGCGGCUGCGGCUUCAGAUCAAGCAGGACCCCUGGAACCUCCCCAGCAGCGUCCGGAGCCUCGCCCAGAACAUCAGGAAGUUUGUUGAAGAGGUGAAGGCACGAAUCCUCUUGGCCCUGCUGGAGUACACAGACAGCGAGGUCCAGCUGAGGCGAGACAUGGUCUUCUGCCAGAGCCUCGUGGCCACAGUCUGUGCCUUUUCAGAGCAGCUAAUGGUGGCCUUAAAUCAGAUGUUUGACAACAACAAGGAGUAUGAAAUGGAGACACUGGAGGCCAGCAGAAGGUGGUUGGAGCAGAUAGCCAGCGCUGGGCUUCUCCUCCACUUCCAGUCCCUGCUCUCACCUAACCUGGCUGAUGAACAGGCCAUGCUGGAAGAUACAUUGGUUGCACUCUUUGACUUGGAAAAAGUUGUUUUUCACUUCAGACAAGCAGAGCCAGAACCGCUGAUUGCAAACGUGCCAAUCACCUACCAGGCAGAAGGAAGCCGCCAGAGCCUGAAGGUUUACUUCUACCUUGACAGCUGCCACUUUGAACAGCUUCCUCAAAGGCUGAAGAAUGGAGGGGGCUUUAAGAUCCACCCAGUGCUUUUUUCACAAGCACUGGAGAGCAUGGAAGGCUAUUAUUACAGAGACAGUGUCUCCGUGGAGGAAUUUCAAGCCCAGAUUAAUGCAGCCUCCCUGGAAAAAGUCAAGCAGUACAACCAGAAACUACGGGCCUUCUACCUGGACAAGUCCAACUUGCCUCCAGAUUCAACCUCUAAAGCAGCUUACAUAGACAAGCUGCUGAGGCCUCUGAACUGCCUGGAGGAGCUGUACCGGCUGGUGGGGUCCUUCGUCCGCUCCAAGCGCACCGCCGCCUGCGCCUACACCGCCUGCAGCGCCUCGGGCGUGGGGCUGCUCUCCGUGGCCUCCGAGCUCUGCAGCAGGCUGGGGGCUUGCCACAUCAUCAUGUGCAACAGUGGAGUUCACCGCUGCACCCUGAGUGUCACCCUGGAGCAGGCCAUCAUUCUGGCCAGGAGCCAUGGGCUGCCUCCUCGCUACAUCAUGCAAGCCACGGACGUCAUGCGCAAGCAGGGUGCAAGAGUACAAAACACAGCCAAGAACCUGGGAGUGAGGGACCGGACGCCACAGUCUGUGCCAAGGUUGUACAAACUGUGCCAGCCACCACCGCCUGCAGGAGAGGAGUGAGGAGAGCAGCUCCAGAGACAUCCCAGUCAUGGCCUCGAGGACACUGGGAAUCUGCCUGCCCUGCACAGCGUGUGCCCGGGGCUGUGCUGGACCAACCCCUUCACUCAGGAUAAAGCAUCCCCAAAAUACUCUCUACUGGCAUUGUAAAGGGACUUCCACAGGCGUGUCUGGGGCGGCUGCUGCCACACACCAGCAGCAGGAACCUUCCCUGGGAGCUUUACACUGGAAUUGGAUUCCUUUGGUGUGUCCUGCUCAGCCACGUCAGAGGUGUAGCCAGCAGCUGGAAAAGAGAUUUCUUCUUCAGAGGGAAUGGCAGCACUGGAACACAGCACAGGCUGGGGCCUCGUGGAGCUCCCAGGGCCCUUUGCACUGGUGGUCCCUGCUCCCUGCAGCCCUCCUGACUGCCCCUAGCCAGGACACUGCUGUUGGAGGCUGCGAUGGGAGGGAGGUUUAGAGGUGGAAGGCUCCUCCCAGAGCUGUGGGCAGGCUGCUGCUCUCAGCGUGGGCAGGGCUGGAGCAGUGCCUUGUCUCGCUCUUCUGGGAGAGGUUCCCACUUGGCACAGGAGGUGAGGCUCUGCCCGUGGCCACUUCCCAUUAGAAGGAAGGAGAAGAAGGAGUCUGCUCUUCAUAACUGACUGAAUUCCACUGCCUGAUGGAUGUUUGACACUGUUGCUCCUCUGCACUCUGGAGUUUGCCAGCACUGGGCACGUUCAUGUCUAGGAUGUCCCAGCAAACCUCCACCAGGCAGGGCUGAGGCAGAGUGGAAGUCUGUGGGUUGAGAUGCAGCAUUUGGGAGUUUGCUGGCCUGUGCUGCCCUUCCCCUUGCUGUGCCAGCACUGUUCUGUGUGGUGUUGCCAUUCCUUGGUGUGCUACCUGCUGGAGGUUUCUUUGGAAGCUGUAGUGAGCAUUUGCAUCUGCAUUUGGCAGUGGCCAGAGGCUCCCAGAGAAAUUGCCCCCAGCUGAGGCUCCACAGGAGUGCAAAACCUCCCCUCUGAGCCAGCAGCUCCAGAGCAGGACAGCCCCUGCCUGAGUCAGCUGUGCUCUGGUUCUGCUGCAGCACCCAAACCUUGCCACAGAAUUCUUGCAGAUUCCCUCACCACUGCUGCACUCUCCAACCUCUUGACCCCCAGGGACACCAGGGAGAAUCCCAAGGGAGCUGUGCUCUUGCAGAGUGUUUUCUGUGUAGGAUCUCUUGGGGACUUGUGGCUUUUCUCCAAAGGAGCAAUUAGAGCUCUGACCUUUUCCAGCACUCUUCAUGUUUUUACACACUUUAACUUUGCUAAGGAGAUCACUAUUUUUCUAUCCCCACAGCUGAGAUGUCUGCACCUAGGGUGACUUGCAAUAUGUAAAUAUUUAUGUAGCUAUCUCAAGUCCUGGUCCAAGCAGGGAACGCUGGUCUUAAGCUGUGACAGAGACAGGCAAUAACAAACACCCCAGCCACAAUUUCACCUUCCUGCAGUCAAGUUUGCCUCCUGUGUGUUCCUGGAAGCUGGGACUACAAACUUCUUGAUUACAAAACAAAACAGAAAACAAGGUUUUACUCUUUAGAAAGUGACACUUCAUGUCUAAGGUGACCUAAGGCUGUGCACAGAAAGAGUUGGGACUUGUGGAGUUGUUGUCCUGGUCAGAUCUUGUUCUUUUUGCUGUGCUUUAUUCAAUGAGGCAUCCUUGUGCCAGGGAUGGUGCUCAGAGGUAAGGAACAUGGAGAAACCUCCUCAUGCCAGGGAUGGAGCCGGGGUCAG